ACACACACACACACACACACACACACACACACACACAGUGUGGUCCCUAAUGACACGUGAACACACACACAGACAGACACACACACACAAGGCCCUCAGAAUGACACAGCUCUGAUCGGAGGGAGGUGAUCUCUGAAAUUGCUCAGUGAGCGCCCCUAAUUUCCCUGAUUUACGUAUUGUUGUCAAUCACACCCAAUGGAAUCCAAUCAGAAAGCAGGCGGGGACGGACUGGCGGGGAUGCAGAAGGAGGCCGCUUUGCGGGCGCUAAUGCAACGCACCGGAUACCAACUGCAGCAGGAGAAUGGCCAGCGUCGGUACGGCGGCCCGCCGCCCGGCUGGGACGGCCCUCCACCUGAGAGAGGCAGCGAGAUCUUUGUGGGCAAACUACCCAGAGAUCUGUUUGAAGACGAACUGGUUCCGCUGUGUGAGAAGUACGGAACGAUCUACGAGGUGAGGAUGAUGAUGGACUUUAGCGGGAACAACAGAGGUUAUGCAUUCGUCACCUUUGGCACCAAACAGGAGGCCAAAGCUGCCAUGAAGCAGCUCAACAACUACGAGAUAAGAAACGGACGCCUCCUCGGAGUUUGCGCCAGCGUUGACAACUGCCGCCUCUUCGUGGGCGGGAUUCCCAAAACCAAGAAGCGCGAGGAGAUCCUGUCUGAGAUGAGAAAGGUCACAGACGGGGUGGUGGACGUCAUUGUGUACCCGAGCGCCGCUGACAAAUCCAAGAACCGAGGCUUCGCCUUCGUUGAGUACGAGAGCCACCGGGCCGCCGCCAUGGCCCGCCGAAAACUGCUGCCAGGUCGCAUUCAGCUGUGGGGUCACGCCAUCGCUGUGGACUGGGCGGAGCCUGAGGUGGAGGUGGACGAGGACACCAUGGCAACAGUCAAGAUCCUAUACGUCAGGAACCUCAUGCUGCAGACUACCGAGGAGACCAUCGAGAAGGAGUUCAACGGCAUCAGACCAGGUUCGGUGGAGCGAGUGAAGAAGAUCAGAGACUACGCCUUCGUCCACUUCGCUCAGAGAGAGGACGCCGUCAACGCUAUGGGUGCCCUCAAUGGAAAGCUGGUGGACGGCUCUCCCAUCGAGGUGACGUUGGCCAAGCCGGUGGACAAGGACAGCUACGUCCGCUACACCCGAGGGACAGGUGGACGCGGGGCAUCGCUGCUGCAGCCAGACUACGCCGCCUACACUCUGGGACAGGUCUACGACCCCUCAGCGGCGUACCUAGGUCCGCCCGUGUUCUACGCCCCCCAAGCCUACGCCGCCGUACCAGGUCAGUUCCGCUUCCCGGCGGCCAAAGCUCAUGUUGGAGGUCGAGGUCUGAUAAGGACGCCGUCCGUCAGAGAAAUUUACAUGACUGUACCUGUAGGGGCUGCGGGGGUGCGGGGGCUGGGCGGGCGGGGAUACCUGGCCUAUGCUGCCGGCAUCGGAGCCGGCGGCAGCGCCUCCUACAGCCUGAAGGCUGACAAGCAGGCGGAGGAGAAGCUUUACGACCUGCUGCCAGGCAUGGAGCUCACCCCCAUGAACCCCGGCGCCAUGAACCUGAAGGCCGUCGCCAAACCUGCAACACAGGUUCUGGAGGAGUUGUGUCAGAAGAAUAACUGGGGUCAGCCAGUCUAUCAGCUCCACUCCGCCAUCGGUCCGGACCAGAGACAACUCUUCCUCUACAAGAUCACCAUCCCCGCUCUGGCUACCCAGUACCCCAAUGUACAUCCCUUCACGCCUGCUAAGCUGUGUGCGGCCGUAGAGGAAGCCAAGGUGCAUGCGGCCGAGCACACUCUGCAGACGCUUGGCCUACAGACGGAGGGCGCCGCCGACGCUAGCUGUGCUACGGCCGCCACCGUGGCCUCGGUAACCUUCCCAGGUUACGCUCUGGCGAGCCCGGCAGCGUCGGCGGUGGUGUCCCAGCUGAAGCAGGCGGUGUCUCUGGGUCAGGACCUGACGGCGUACACCACCUACGAGGGAUACCCGGCCUUCGCCGUGGCCACUCGCCACACCGACGGAUACGGGGUUUUCUAAAAAGGGAAAAGGAACAUCUCACAGCUCCGGAGGCGUUGCUCAUGCUGAAGGUUCUCCAGGUGGACGGAUCCACGUGGACACCGCUUCACAUUCGCCAGUCUCCCACAAACACAUUUCUCACCCAUUAAUCUAUUUUCUUUCUUCAUAUUGUAUGCGUUUCAGAAUAAACGUAGAUGAUUGUCCUGGGAUUGAGGAGCAAGGCGGCAUGUAAUUGGCUGUCAGUUGGUUCACAUCUUAUUUUUUUAUGUUUUUUUUUUUGUUUCUUUGCAUGUUUUUAGAAAGAAAUACGUGAAAUAGAUUUAGUUCUUCUAUGAUUUGUUGUAGUUUCUCUAAGAUACCUGGGAGAUGUAAGUAUUUUCAAUGUCUUUCCACUGGACCAUUUCAGCUUUUUCCUGUCUAAGUUAUUUAGAGAUACAACUGAAAUCUGUUGGAUUGGACAUUUGAAACCUUGUUUUAGUCACUGAGGCCCUCUGGACUUUGUAGUCCUACAAGCUGUGAAUAUGUAGUGUUUAACUUGUGGUGUCAUGAGCUUCUUCUCCCUCAUCUUUAACAUUUUAGUUUUGUGUGGGAGAAGCUCAACGUUUACUGAAAGACAAAAGCUUCUUCGGGACUUACGAAUAUUACUAAUGAAUCCUAAUU